AUGGUUCUCGAAGCGACUAUGCUAGUGCUCGACAACUCCGAGUGGAUGCGAAACGGAGACUACACGCCGACACGCUGGGAAGCCCAGGCGGAUGCCGUCAGCAUGAUCUUUGAUGCCAAGACCAGCUCGAAUCCCGAGAGCGAGGUCGGCAUCAUGACCAUGGCCGGCAAGAGCCCCGAGGUGCUCGUCACGCUCACACAGGACAUUGGCAAAAUCCUUGGUGCUCUGCAUCGCUCCAAGAUCGUCGGCAACGCCGAUCUGGCUACCGGCAUCAAUGUCGCUUCGCUUGCGCUCAAGCACCGCCAGAACAAGAACCAGAGGCAGAGGGUGAUCGUUUUUGUCGGAUCGCCCGUCGCGCAGUCGGAAGGCGACCUGGUCCAGCUCGGAAAGAAGCUCAAGAAGAACAACAUCGCCGUCGACAUUGUCAACUUUGGCGAAGACGCAGAGAACGAGGACAAGCUUGCCAAGUUCAUCGAGGCGGUCAACAGUGGCGAAAACAGUCAUCUGCUGAACAUCCCCGCUGGUCCCCAACUUCUUUCGGACAUCAUUCUCACCUCGCCUGUCCUGCAAGAGGAGGGUGGUGACUCAGGCGCCGGCCCAUCCGGCAGUGGCGGCGGAUCGAACCAAUUCGAAUUUGGCGUCGACCCGAGCAUGGACCCCGAACUGGCCAUGGCGCUGCGACUUUCGCUCGAGGAAGAGCAGGCGAGGCAGCGAGCAGCUGAGGGCACCUCCGGCUCGCAAGCGCCGUCGCUUCCCACAGUCUCGGAAGGAACCGAAACCAGCGCGCCGGUUGCAGCAGCCGCCGCGGGCUUGGCCGGGAGCGGCUCCAUGGUGCCAAGAGGCGCCGAGUCCAUCACCGGCGAGGGUCACAAAGCAGACGACGAGUCGGAAGAAGCCAUGCUGCAGAAGGCAAUUGCUCUGUCGCAGGGUGGCAGCUCCGCUAACAACGACGAGGACGUCGACAUGGCCUCCGCCGAGUCUUCCGCAAGUCGCCGCGCCAUCGUCGCAGGUCAAGGCGAAGGCGAGGAGGACGAAGAGAUGGACGAAGACGAGGCGAUUGCAAGAGCGAUCCAGAUGAGCUUGCAGGAAGGCGAUGGUCAGCAAGACAGCAAGUAG